AUGGUGCAGGUCCGCAAAGCAAGGAGUUGGUACGGCUCCUGGCCGCGCGCCCCCAAGUCCUCCGCAUCAACGCAGCUUGCCCGGGAAACCAUCUUCGGAGGCACUCUGAAGCCAUCCAGCACCCCCGAUUUCCGACGUUUCGAUACGAAAAAGAGCAUCGAUACUGCGAGCUUCGACGGUCCCGCAGACUCGUCUGUGUCGCUUCCCCAGAUUCCCGAGAACGGUGCAGUGGCAGAGGAGACCGCCGCCACAACAACAACAAACAAGACAGAUAACGAGACGACGAACCUGCAGGCUGGAACUACGGAGCCAUCACCACCACCGCAGGAAACGCCGGCAAAAUCCGACGACGCUGGGAAGGCCGCGACGGACGAUCAGAAUCCACCACGGCCCGUGACGGCAUCAAGUUGGUUUGGUUGGCUGGGGCGCGCGCCGCCGACAGAUGCACAAGCUGCAGCACCGGCACCCACUGAGGAGCCACCAAAAGUGGAAGAACCCCCGAAAGAGCCAGAACCGCAGCAACCACCGCCUGCCGAGGUGCCAGCACCCGAGCAAACCCACCAGGCCGCGGCAACUUCACCGACACCGACGACGACAUCUUGGUUUGGGUUUUGGUACUCCAGCACCUCUGCAGAGCCGCCUGUGAUCGCAGAUCCCGCUAUCGCUAAGCCGAUAGAACCAGAUCAGCCAACCACCACCACCACUGAACCACCUGCACAAGAGCCAGAAGACGUAGUGAUGGAGGAUGCCCCGCCGCCAAAACCGGAUGCUCCCAAGCAAGAUGCCUCUAAACAAGACGCCCAGAAACCGCCAUCAGCCGGCUCAACAUGGGCAUUUUGGUCGAGAGAAAGCCGGACACAAUCUGACGACGCCAAAAAUGCCAAGCCUCAGCCGGAAUCUGGUGAACUUGCAGUCAUGGGUCAAGGCUCAGAAGCGCAUCCGGAGAGAACAAGUGUGGAUCAAUCCGAGCGGGACAGCGUGAUGAAGGAUACCAAGGAUGCGAAGGCCUCCAAAGAUACGAAACCCGCCAAAAGUAUUAAGUCGGGAAUCGCAUCUGCGCCGUCGACUUUUGGUAGGAAGAGUAAGCGAGUCCGGCCCCAGUCGAUGGAGAUCGACGUUCAGGCGAGGCCAGAAACGCCUACACGUCCCGAUUCGGCUGCGUCUUCAAGAGCCUCAAUCACCGACAAGACCCCAAAGGAACCACCCCUCAAGCCGGGAACCCCAAAGAGUACCAGCCAAGAAACUCCAUCAAAAUCAACGCCACCCAAUCUUUUACUGCCUUCGUUUGGAAGCACAUACCGGAUGAAGGACAACCCAUCGAUCAUUAAACAGAUCACAUCCCUGCUUUUACGGAAUCAGCAACCUCCCGCAAACCACGUUUAUAGAGUAAAAGAGACACCAAAGAUCAAGAAAGCCCUCGCCAUCGGAGUCCACGGCUUGUUUCCGGCAACGUAUCUCCGUCCCAUGGUAGGACAGCCUACGGGGACUUCGCUUCGCUUUGCAAGUCUCUGUGCCGAAGCUAUCGGUAGAUGGGCAGACGCUCACGGGUGCUCCGAUUGCGAGAUUGAGAAGAUUGCCCUGGAAGGCGAGGGCAGAAUUGGAGAUAGGGUAGACAACUUGUGGAAGCUCCUUCUUAACUGGAUCGAGCAGAUACGUAACGCAGACCUCAUCAUUUUGGCAUGUCACUCUCAGGGCGUCCCAGUCGCAACUAUGCUGCUGGCAAAGCUCAUAGACUUGGGCAUCAUCACCAACGCCAAGAUUGGUGUCUGCGCGAUGGCUGGAGUCUCUCUAGGCCCAUUCCCCGACUACAAGUCCAGCAUGGGCAUCCUAAUGGGCUCCGCCAACGAGCUCUGGGAAUUCUCCAACCCAGACAGCGAAGUCUCCAAGAAAUACGAAAACGCACUUAAAGAAGUCCUCCGUUACGGCGUCAGAAUGACGUAUAUCGGCAGCAUAGACGACCAACUCGUCCCAAUGGAAUCCGCAAUUUACUCCCCGGCCUCUCAUCCCUACAUCUACCGCGCCGUCUUCAUUGACGGUCGUAUCCACGCCCCAGACUUUAUCGCCCACCUCGUCGGCUUCGCACUUAAACUCCGCAACCUCGGCGUCUCAGACCACGGCCUCGUGCGCGAACUCUCCACCCCGCUCGCCGGCAGCCUCUACUCGGGCGAGGGCCACUCCCGCCUCUACUACGAUGAUCAGGUCUACGACCUCGCCGUCACCCACGCCUUAGAGACGGCCGAUGUCAAGCCAAACGUCCCCGCCACCGUCGCCCACCGCCGCGACGCCGGAUCCUCCCUGGCAAACCCGAACCCGUACCACCUGCCCUGGAUCAUGCGCGGCCUGCUGGAGGAGGACUUUGUCCGCACCGAGCUGUCGUCCGAGACGGAGGAGCUGCUGAGGCAAUUCGACGACUGGAAGCCCGUCACCAAGGCGCUGAAGGAUGUGAAGUACCGGCUCGAGGCUAUUCGGUCCAAGUUGUAA